CCUCCGACCGUUCUUAAUCCCUUAUAUCCGCUAAUGCCGCGGCUCGCAAGUACCCACAAGCACCAGCUGCCGUCAGCCGACGUGUGACAGCUCCGUGCGGCGGAGCUCCGUGUGUGGGACCGUCUGUGUUGACGACCAGCGGACGUCCGAGGAGAGAGAGUGAGCGACCAGGGGGACUGGUGCCUGAGCCUGGGAUGUUUUCAUCCCCGUCGCCUCUGUGACUGUCAUGUCAUUUCAUCUUCUCUUUGCUCACACAGCUGAUCGACAUGGCCUCCCCUGACGAUACAGAGGGCUCCCUGACUCCUGUGGAUUUUAUUCAGCUGCAGCAUUAUAUGGAAUCAUCCAGCUGCAACAGUGAAAUGCAAGACAGCAGUUUGAGGGUGAAAGACGUGAUUAAGGAGUUUCACCCCGGGGGUCGGCUGGCCCGGCACACCUUUGGAGAGUGCAUUGACGCAGUGGGUUUCAACCUCUUUCUCAAGACGUACCUGGAGGUGGAUGUCUUUCCGGCAGAUUUCUGCGAACACCUUUUUCGCUAUUUCCAACACGUAGAGCAGGAUGGUAGUACCAAGAGCCCACUGCCCCAAGGAGGAGGCGUCUUUCUGCGUGAUGUGUCCUGUUACUUUUCAGUGCUGGAGGAAGGACAGCCACGAGAGAAGCUUGAAUUUACUUUCAAACUUUACGACAAAGACUGCAACGGUCUCCUGGACAGCUCAGAAGUGGAUCGUAUAAUCACCCAGAUGAUGCGAGCUGCUGAUUACCUGGGCUGGGACGUGACUGAGCUCAGACCAGUGCUGAAAGACAUGAUGACAGCGAUCGAUGUGGACGACAGUGGUACCGUCACCCUGGAAGAAUGGGUGAAGGGAGGCAUGAACAAUGUGCCUUUACUAGUUCUGCUUGGACUGAAGAUGACAGAGAGGGAUGGGCAGCAUAUCUGGAGGAUGAAGCACUAUAACAAGCCGACUUACUGUGGUGUGUGUCAGAACAUGCUGCUCGGACUCGGAAAGCAGGGACUCUGCUGCACCUGUUGCAAGUACACUGUCCACAAUCAGUGUGCCAACAAGAAUCCUGAAUCCUGUGGUCGUACCUUUGUCAAAUCUAAAAUGGAGAUCAGUGUAGCAUCCCACGACUGGAUCAAAGCUGACUGCAAAUCUAGCAAGUGUCAGAUCUGCCACAAGAAGAUCAAAACUUUAGCGGGGAGACGUUGUGUGUGGUGCCAGGAGAUGCGUCAUGUUGAGUGUCUCCUCUCUGGCCUAUCGUCCUGCGAAUGUGGGCCACUCAGAGAUCAUAUACUGCCUCCUUGGGCCAUAUACGCCGUCUCCAAGGAGGAGGACACCAGCCUGUUAAACGUUACCCCUGAUGGACACAUUCUGCAGAUUGUUCCACUUCCAGACACCCAUCCACUGUUGGUGUUUGUGAACCCAAAGAGUGGAGGAAAGCAGGGUGAAAGAGUGCUCAGGAAGUUUCAGUACCUGCUGAACCCACGUCAAGUGUACAACCUGUCCAACGGAGGUCCUGCACCAGGACUGCACUUCUUCCGCAACCUGCGUGACUACAGGAUCCUGGUGUGUGGAGGAGAUGGCACAGUGGGCUGGCUCCUGGAUGCUAUAGACAAAGCUGAUCUGCAGGUGCAUCCUCCGAUAGCUGUCCUGCCUCUGGGUACUGGGAACGACCUGGCUCGCUGUCUGCGCUGGGGAGGAGGCUACGAUGGGUCGGACUUGAGAGAGAUCCUGAGGGAGAUCGAAGCCAGCAAGAUGGUUCCCAUGGACCGCUGGAGCGUCCAGGUGAUACCAGACGACCCUCGAGAGGCAGGAGACCCUGUUCCAUACGAGAUCAUCAACAACUACUUCUCUAUUGGAGUGGAUGCCUCUAUUGCUCAUCGCUUCCACUCCAUGAGAGAGAAACACCCCCAUAGGUUCAAUAGCAGAAUGAAGAACAAACUUUGGUAUUUUGAGUUUGCCACGUCCGAGACCAUCUCUGCCUCUUGCAAGAGGCUGAAGGACUGUCUCACGAUUGAGUGCUGUGGGAAAUACCUGGACCUGAGCAGCAUGUCUCUUGAGGGCAUAGCUGUCCUCAACAUUCCCAGCAUGCACGGAGGCUCCAAUCUCUGGGGCGAGUCCAAGAAGCCUGAUGGUGUGCCAGAGGUGGAGCCCAAUGAGGUUAUCACUGACCCUGAACUUCUUAAGGAAAUCUCACAGGAUAUGAGCGAUAGGCGUUUGGAGGUGGUGGGACUGGAGGGAGCUAUCGAGAUGGGACAAAUCUACACUGGACUGAAGAGUGCUGGGCGCAGACUGGCACAGACCUCUCAGAUCACCAUCAGGACAAUCAAAGCUCUGCCCAUGCAGAUUGACGGGGAGCCAUGGAUGCAACCUCCUUGUACUAUCCACAUCACUCACAAGAACCAAGCCAACAUGCUCAUGGCUGCACCAACCAAACCAUCCUCCUUCUUUCACCUCAAGUAGAGAAACGGUUCCACUGUAUCCUCCGGUCUGCAGAGGCUCCACUCACAUUAACCUGAAAAGGAUGCAGGAUAGCUUUGGGUUUUUAUUAUAGGUUAAGUUUUACGGUGUGUGUCUUUUGCACUUGAUCCCUGAUAUACAGUAAUUCUCAACUAGUUAGACAGCUUGCACUUGCGCAGCGACCACACUGACAGACCAACACUACUCAGUCGGAUCACUGCCAUUGUGUGCCAACUCAAUUGUAAGUUUGUCUCAUGUAAUUUUCUGUUCGUUAAUAAAACAGCAUAGUGUAUCUACACUAUAUGAUAUAUUUACUUAUUUUAUGUUGCAUUAGCGCUUUCUGUGGUUAAUCAAGUUUACAGUUGAGUCUAACCUGUGCUUCCUGAUGCAGCUCGUGACGAAGUGACUUUUUUCAGGGCUUCAUUUGCUCAAAGCAGCUGCUCUUGUUCAACAACUCAAUUCUCCCUGAUUUGUUCAGAUGUCUUUCACUGUCAGUGUUGAUCCAACUGAAACAAAAUAUAUGUAUGUAUUUAUUCAUUUGUUUGUUUUUCCACUGUUACCUUAAUAGGUGUUGAUGAAAGGACGUGAGAAACGUUUGUUGAAUGUGACUGAAUGUGGUUUCAUAAAUAUUUGUUUUACAGUUGUAACUGAGUUGUAUAAAAAAAACAUGAUUCUGUUAUAUUGAAUAGAAGGUGUACUGGACAUGGUUAAUAUUAACUUCCUCAGUGUUGUUGUCCUGUAACUUUACUGACAAGUUAUGUCUUUACAUCAUCUUUGUACAAAAAUAUUCUCCCAAUUGAUUUGUCCUCAAAACAUUCACAAAUCGUAUAUAAUAUCUAAUACAUAAAUCUAAUCAAAUAUUGAUUAAAUGGACUGAAUCAUGCUCAAUGUGUUGGACGUUACACAAAACAAAAUAAUUUUCUAAGUCACUGUGUUGUGUCAGUGUUGGAUUUUCAGUAUGCUUGUCUACAUGUUACAUGUUUGUGUCAAAUUGUGCAGCUUUAAUUUGCAAUGUAUUGACAAUAACUCAUUUUCAGUGCUCAAUCAUACAGAAUGGUCUGGAGUGGAAAAGACUUGUACUUGUAUGGCAACAGUACUUAUUGUGAGGAUACACUAACACAGUUUACAUCAAAAGGACAAAUGGAAGCAUGCGCAAAGGUUUAUAAAAUCAGACAAAUAGAAGAAAAUGAUGUAUGCAUUUUGGAUAAAAAACAUUUACCGUA